AACUCUGCCUCUCUCUCUCUCUCUCUCUCUCUCUGGCUUGCUCGCUCUCUCUACUCUUCCGCUCAUCGUCCGUGGUCCGUCGGAUGCGUAUGCGUCGUCGCCUCAGCUACUUCCUCUCCGCCGCAGCCGCCGCCGCUGCCUCCUCCUCCCGAGAACCCUCCUCCCUCUCCAAUCGCAGAUUGUGGAUAUAGAAGGGCUUGAAGAGAGGGUUUCGCGAUGGCGGGACACUGGUCGAGCUUUCCUCUGCGGCUUCAGCAGAUCUUAUCGGGCGGGAGGCCGGUCUCCCCCGCCCUAAAAUUGGAGUCCGAGCCGCCACCAGAAGUUAAAGCAUUUAUUGAUAGGGUGAUUAAGACUCCUUUACAUGAUAUUGCUAUACCUCUUUCGGGCUUCCAUUGGGAGUACAAUAAGGGUAAUUUUCAUCACUGGAGGCCGCUUUUUAUGCAUUUUGAUACAUACUUCAAGACAUAUCUCUCUUGUAGGAAAGAUCUUCUUUUAUCUGAUAAUAUUUCAGAGGAAGAUCCAUUUCCCAAGCAUUCUGUUAUGCAAAUUUUAAGAGUUAUGCAAGUUAUUUUGGAAAAUUGUCACAACAAGAGUUCAUUUGGCGGUCUAGAGCAUUUCAGGCUUCUGCUUGCCUCUACAGAUCCAGAGAUUCUAAUUGCUGCAUUGGAGACUCUUUCUGCGUUGGUGAAGAUAAAUCCCUCCAAGAUACAUGUGAGCGGGAAACUGAUUGCUUGUGGCUCUGUUAACAGCUGUUGUCUGUCUUUGGCCCAGGGCUGGGGAAGCAAAGAAGAAGGUUUGGGUUUACAUUCAUGUGUUGUGGCAAAUGAGAGGAACCAGCAUGACGGAUUGUGCCUGUUCCCAUCUGAUGUGGAAAAUAAGUGUCCUGGGGCUCAAUACCAUUUGGGGUCAACCCUCCAUUUUGAGUAUAAUAUGGUUGCUUCCCAGGACACUGAGCAAACCAGCAGAAGCAAGUCAUCCAACAUGUGUGUCAUACAUAUCCCAGAUCUUCAUCUCCGGAAGGAGGAUGAUCUAAUCAUUUUGAAGCAGUGUACUGACCAAUUCAAUGUACCUCCAGAACACAGGUUCUCAUUGCUUACAAGAAUUAGAUAUGCUCAUGCCCUCCAUUCCCUUAGAACAUGUAGGUUGUACAGCAGAAUCAUGGUACUUGCUUUCAUUGUUCUGGUACAAUCCAAUGAUGCUCAAGAUGAACUUGUGUCUUUCUUUGCAAAUGAGCCCGAGUAUGCAAAUGAGCUGAUGAGGCUUGUUCGUUCUGAAGACUCUGUCCCUGGAACUAUAAGAGCACUUGCCAUGGUUGCAUUGGGAGCACAAUUAGCCGCAUAUGCAUCAUCUCAUGAACGUGCCAGAAUAUUGAGCAGCUCAACUAUUAUUUCUGCUGGUGGAAAUCGUAUGGUGCUUCUAAGUAUACUUCAAAAAGCUGUCUUGUCACUUAGUAACCCUGGUGAUCCUUCGACUCCAUUAUUUGUUGAUGCUCUUCUACAGUUUUUCCUGCUUCAUGUUCUAUCAUCUUCAAGUUCUGGGAAUGCUAUAAGGGGGUCGGGAAUGGUUCCCCCUCUUUUGCCCCUUUUACAGGACUCUGAUCCUGCCCAUACUCAUCUUGUCUGCUCAGCAGUGAAGACCCUUCAAAAGUUGAUGGAGUACAGUAGUCCAGCUGUAUCCUUGUUCAAAGACUUAGGUGGGGUGGAGCUUUUGGCUCAAAGGCUGCAGAUUGAAGUUCAUAGAGUUAUUGGUACAGUUGGUGAGAAUAGCAACACAAUGAUCAGUGGUGAUUUAAAAUCUGAUGAAGAUCAUGUUUAUUCUCAGAAGCGGCUUAUCAAAGCUUUGCUCAAGGCACUUGGUUCUGCUACAUAUUCCCCAGCAAAUUCUACAAGGUUGCAGAGCUCCCAUGAUAAUUCAUUGCCUGCUUCUUUAUCUUUGAUAUUUCACAAUGUGAAUAAGUUUGGAGGAGAUAUUUAUUUUUCGGCUGUAACUGUUAUGAGUGAAAUUAUUCACAAGGACCCAACGUGCUUUCCUGUUUUGAAUGAAUCUGGUCUUCCAGAUUCAUUUCUGUCGUCAGUGAUUUCUGGGAUACUUCCUUCUUCCAAAGCACUCAUAUGUGUCCCUAAUGGUCUUGGUGCCAUUUGCCUCAAUGCUAAAGGAUUGGAGGCAGUUAGGGAAACUACUGCAUUGCAGUUUCUUGUAGACACUUUCACAACCAGGAAAUAUUUGGUGGCAAUGAAUGAAGGUGUUGUUCUUUUAGCAAAUGCUGUGGAGGAGCUUCUUCGUCAUGUUUCUUCACUAAGAAGCACUGGUGUUGAUAUAAUCAUUGAAAUCAUCAACAAACUUGCUUCUAUGGGAAAAGACAAAUGCAAGGACCCUUCUGGUAGUUUGGAUGAGAACACUGUCAUGGAAACAGAUCUUGACAAUAAGUUAAACAAGGGACAUGAUUUGGUGGGUGCCAUGGACUCAGCUGCUGAUGGCAUCAGCAAUGAGCAGUUUGUGCAGUUAUGCAUCUUUCAUGUUAUGGUCCUUGUUCAACGGACUACGGAAAACUCUGAAACUUGUAGAUUAUUUGUGGAGAAGGGAGGUAUAGAAAAAUUGUUGAAACUGUUACUGCAGCCCAGCAUCACACAGUCGUCUGAAGGGAUGCCAAUUGCUUUGCAUAGCAGCAUUGUGUUUAAGGGCUUUACUCUGCAUCAUUCUGCACCUUUGGCACAUGCAUUCUCCUCUUCUCUGAGGGAGCAUUUGAAGAAAGCUCUGAGUGGAUUCAGUUCAGUUGCUGGAUCAUUUUUAUUGGCUCCCAAGUCUACACCAGAUAAUGGAAUCUUUUCUUCACUUUUUGUUGUUGAAUUUAUUCUGUUCCUUGCUGCAUCAAAAGAUAACCGCUGGAUAAGUGCAUUACUUACAGAAUUUGGAGAUGCUAGUAGGGAUGUUUUAGAAGAUCUUGGACGGGUUCAUCAGGAAGUAUUGUGGCAAGUUGCCCUUUACGAAGAUUCAAAGAUUGAUGCAGAUGCUGAGUCUUCGAAUUCUGUAAACGAGGCGAAAAGGUCGGAAGCAGAAGCAAGUGAAUCUGAUGAGCAAAGGUUCAGUUCUUUUAGGCAGUAUCUUGAUCCAUUACUGAGACGAAGAGUGUCUGGGUGGAGUAUAGAGUCACAAGUUUCUGACCUUAUUAGCAUAUAUCGUGAUCUUGGCCGUGCUGCUAGUGGUUUGCAAAGACUUGGUAUGGAUGGCCAUUCAACUUUACGACUUGCAUCUGGUUCCCACUCACAGUCUUCCAAUUCUGUAGAUGCCAAUGCUACAAUGGAAGCAGAAGAAGACAAGCAGAGAUCAUAUUAUUCUUCCUGCCGUGAGAUGAUGAGAUCGCUUUCUUAUCAUAUCAGCCAUCUGUUUAUGGAGCUGGGAAAGGCAAUGCUUCUUGCUUCUCGUCGUGAGAACAAUCCUAUAAAUGUGUCCACAACUGGCGUAUCUGUUGUUGGUACAGUUGCUGCAAUUGUGCUGGAGCACUUGAAUUUUGGAGGGCAUGCAAGUCCGAACAUGGAAAUCUCCAUAUCCACAAAAUGUCGUUACCUUGGCAAGGUCAUUGCCUUUAUUGAUGGGAUUCUAUCAGACAGGCCAGAGUCAUGUAAUCCAAUCAUGCUAAAUUGCUUUUAUGGUCGUGGGGUCAUCCAUGCCAUCUUAACAACUUUUGAAGCUACCAGUCAGUUGCUCUUUGCAGUUAACCGGGUGCCAGCUUCUCCUAUGGAAACUGAUGAUAAAAGCCUUAAAGAAGAGAAGGGGGACGUGGAUAAUUCUUGGCUAUAUGGUCCCUUGGCCAACUAUGGUACUCUUAUGGACCACCUUGUGACCUCAUCUUUCAUCUUAUCUUCCUCCACAAAACAGUUGCUUGAGCAACCUAUUGCAAAUGGAGAUGUUCCAUUUCCUCAAGAUGCUGAGGCAUUUGUGAAGGUUCUUCAGUUGAAGGUAUUGAAGACUGUACUUCCUAUCUGGACUCACCCUCACUUUGCUGAAUGCGAUACGGAGUUCAUUAGUACAAUGAUCUCCAUUAUGAGGCAUGUUUAUUCUGGGGUUGAAGUUAGGAACGUCAGUGGCAUUGCUGGAGCUCGUUUAAGUGGUCCUCCUCCUGAUGAAUCAGCAAUAUCGAUGAUUGUUGAGAUGGGCUUUUCUCGGGCUAGGGCUGAAGAGGCAUUGAGGCAGGUGGGAACAAAUAGUGUUGAGAUUGCGACUGAUUGGUUAUUUUCACAUCCGGAAGAACCACAAGAAGAUGCUGAACUUGCUCGAGCUCUUGCCAUGUCCCUAGGGAACUCUGAUGCAUCCUCAAAGGAAGAUGAAGCUGCAAUUUCUAAUAGUUUUGACCAAGAAGAGGAGUCAGUCCAAUUGCCUCCUGUCGAUGAAAUUUUAUCUGCUUGCAUUAGACUUCUGCAGGUGAAGGAGCCUAUAGCUUUCCCUGUUCGGGAUCUCCUUGUGAUGAUUUCCUCACAAAAUGAUGGCCAAUACCGGUCAAAGGUUCUCAAUUUCAUCAUUGAUCAUGUAAAACAUUGUCCUAUGGCAUCUGAUCCAUUCAACAGCAGCACAUUGUCUGCACUUUUUCAUGUCUUAUCAUUAAUUCUUCAUGAAGAUGUGGUAGCACGAGAACUUGCCUCUCAGGCAGGCCUGGUAAAGAUUGCUUUGAAUCUGCUUUCAGAGUGGAACCUGGGCUUGCAGGUUGGUGAGAAGUCCCAGGUUCCAAAGUGGGUGACUGUAUGUUUUCUUUCUAUUGAUCGCAUGUUGCGGGUGGAUCCAAAAUUGACUUCAGAAUUUACAAAUUUGGAGCAGCUGAAAAAGGAUGAUCCGAAUACCCAGACUCCUGUGGUGAUUGGUGAGAGCAAGGGAAAGGAUUCACAGUCCACUCUGGGAUCAAUCACUGGGCUUUUGGAUAUGCAGGAUCAGAAGAGGCUAUUAGAGAUAUGUUGUAGAUGCAUACAGAAUCAACUACCUUCUUAUACCAUGCAUGUGGUGCUUCGAUUGUGUGCAACGCUGACUAAAGUUCAUUCAGUUGCUGUUGGUUUCCUUGAUGCUGGAGGUUUGCAUGCAUUGCUUAAUUUGCCAACUAGUAGCUUAUUCUCUGGAUUCAACAAUGUGGCAUCUGCAAUAGUCCGUCACAUUUUAGAAGAUCCCCACACUCUUCAGCUGGCUAUGGAGUCAGAGAUACGUCACACUCUUCAUUCAAGUGCCAGAGUUGCACCACGUAAUUUUGUCCAAAAUUUGGCCUUUGUUAUUUCUAGGGACCCAGUAGUAUUUAUGAAAGCUGCUCAUGCUGUAUGCCAGAUUGAGAUGGUGGGUGACAGGCCAUAUGUUGUGCUGUUGAAAGAUCGUGAGAAAGAGAAAGAGAAGUCCAAGGAGAAAGAGAAAGACAAGGCAAUAGAGAAAGACAAGUCCCCAGCUGCUGAUGGAAAAUUUACUGCAGGGGACGUGAAUCCAAUGGCUCCAGGUAGUGGACAUGGUAAGCUACCAGAUUCAAAUGCGAAGAACACAAAACCCCACCGGAAAUCUCCUCAGAGCUUUACAAUGGCAAUAGAGCAUCUCUUGAAUUUGAUUGUAACUUUUGUUCCGUCAUUGAAGGUCGAGGACCAGUUUGAUGGUGUUCCUGGUACCCCAUCGGUAGCAGACAUGGAUGUUGACUGCACUUCAGCCAAAGGGAAAGGAAAAGCUAUUGCUGUUUCAUCUGAAGACAGCAAAAUUGCUAGCCAGGAGGCCUCAGCUUCUCUUGCUAAGACUGCCUUCAUCUUGAAGUUAUUGACAGAAAUACUUUUGACUUACACUUCAUCAAUUCAUGUCUUGCUUCGUAGGGAUGUUGAAGUUAGUAGUUUCCAUCGUCCUGUACGUGGCUCAUCUGCCGACAGCUCCGGUGGAAUACUUCAACAUAUUCUUCACAAGUUUCUGCCAUACCCAGGGAUCCACAAGAAGGAUAAAAAAGCAGAUGGAGACUGGAGGCAUAAGUUAGCUACCAGGGCUAACCAGUUUCUGGUGGCCUCGUCCAUCCGUUCUACAGAAGGGCGUAAAAGGAUCUUUUCUGAAAUCAGUAAUGUGUUUAAUAACUUUAUUGACUCAUCAAGUGGUUGCAGUUAUCCAGACUCUAGUAUGCAUGCAUUUGUUGACCUGCUUAAUGAUAUCCUUGCUGCCCGUUCACCUACUGGCACAUUUAUUUCAGCGGAAGCUUCAGCGACCUUCAUAGAUGUUGGGUUGGUUCAGUCACUGACACGAACUCUCCAAAUUUUGGACUUGGAUCAUGCUGACUCACCAAAGAUUGUUACAGGAAUUGUGAAAGCUCUGGAAACUGUUUCUAGGGAAUAUGUUCAUUCUGCUGAUCUUAAUGCUGCAAAGGGAGACACCUCUCUGAAGCUUGCUUCUGAUCAGAAUCAUGUAGACUCAUCUUAUACUUAUAGUAGUGGCGGUGGAUUCCAAUUGCUGGAAACAACAUCCCAGCAUGAUCAUACUGAAGGGGUGUCUGGCCAUGUGGAAUCUUUUAAUGCUGCUCAAAAUUCAGGCAGUUCAGAUUCUAUUACAGAUGAUAUGGAUCAUGAUCGGGAUUUGGAUGGGGGGUUUGCUCGUGAAUCUGAAGAUGAUUUUAUGCAUGAAGCUUCUGAAGAUGGUGCAGGCAAUGAAAAUGGUAUGUCACCUAUGGAGAUCAGAUUUGAUAUCCCACGCAAUGCAGAGGAUGAAAUGGGCGAUGAAGAUGAUGAUAUGUCGGGGGAUGAUGGGGAUGAAGUUGAUGAGGAUGAUGAGGACAAUAUUGAUUUGGAGGAAGAUGAUCUCCAUCAGAUGUCGCAUCCUGAUACAGAUCAGGAUGAACAUGAGGUUGAUGAUGAAGAGUUCGAUGAGGAUGGGUUGGAGGAAGAGGACGAUGAUGAUGAUGAGGAUGAUGAUGAAGUUAUACUACGACUAGAAGAGGGAUUUAAUGGUAUCAAUGUUUUUGAUCACAUUGAAGUUUUUGGUGGGAACAACUUUUCUAGAGAAACACUAGGUGUGAUGCCUCUUGACAUAUUUGGCUCAAGACGACAAGGUCGUACCACAUCUAUAUACAAUCUUCUCGGAAGAGCAGGUGAUCAUGGUAUUCAUCUUGAACAUCCACUCUUGGAGGAUCCGUCUUCAUUCAGGCACUUCGUUCAUCAAAGACAAACAGAGAAUGCAGUUGAUAUGGCUUUCUCAGAUAUAAAUCAUGAGAGUACUUCUCGGUCGGAUGCAAUUUUCCGAUCAUUGAGAAGUGGACAUCAUGGGCGGCAUCGAUUCAAUAUGUGGUUAGAUGAUAGCCAGCAACAUGGUGGGUUAAGUGCACCUGCAGUGCCUCCAGUCAUUGAGGAGUUGCUUGUUUCCCAGUUGAGGCGGCCUACACCUGUCCAACCUUCUGAUCAGAAUGUGUCUACAGACAACCCUCAAGAAAAAGAUGAGCCCAACCAGUUACAGAGAUUGGAUGCUGGAUUAAGAGAAGAAACAAUCACAGGAGGCGGUGAAAAUAAUGAAAAUAUGAUUAUCCCUUCUCCUAGUUCUGUGGUAGAUGGCACUGGAAAUGGUGGAGUUGGACCUGCUGAUGUUGCUGCACUUCAAGAAAGAGAAACAUCGAAUGCAAACGAGCAAGUUGAUGACAUGCAGUAUGAACGCAGUGAUGCAGCUAUACGAGAUGUGGAAGCAGUGAGCCAGGCAAGCAGUGGAAGUGGUGCAACUUUAGGGGAAAGCCUUCGUAGCUUGGAAGUGGAAAUAGGAAGUGCUGAUGGGCAUGAUGAUGGAGAAAGGCAAGGCCCUGCAGAUAGGCUCCCUUUGGGUGACUUGCAGCCAUCCACUCGGGUGAGAAGGUCUUUAGGAAGUACAAUGCCAAUAGGUAGCAGGGAUACAUCUCUGGAAAGUGUCAGCGAGCUUCCACAACAUCCUCCAAGUCAAGAAGCUGGUCAAAGUGGUCCACAUGAAGAGCAGCAACCCAAUAGAAAUGUUGAUACGGAUGCAAUUGAUCCUACAUUUUUAGAGGCUCUUCCUGAGGAUUUGCGAGCGGAAGUACUUUCUUCACAACAGAAUCAAGUGACACAAACUUCCAGUGAGCAUUCUCAAACUGUUGGAGAGAUUGAUCCUGAAUUUCUUGCUGCACUUCCUCCUGAUAUUCGAGAAGAGGUCCUAGCACAACAACGUGCUCAAAGGCUACAACAAUCACAAGAACUGGAGGGGCAACCUGUUGAAAUGGAUGCUGUUUCAAUAAUUGCUACAUUUCCUUCAGAAAUACGAGAAGAGGUGCUUUUAACGUCCCCAGAUACUCUACUGGCUACUUUGACACCUGCACUUGUUGCUGAAGCAAAUAUGUUGCGGGAAAGAUUUGCUCAUCGGCGUUAUAGUGGCACCCUUUUUGGCAUGAACUCGAGAAAUCGUCGGGGUGAGUCUUCUAGGCAUGGUGAUACUAUUGGGUCAAGUCUAGGCAGAAUUACUGGUGAUGUUGCCCGCAAGUCUGCAGCUGGCAAGUUGAUCGAAGCUGAUGGGGCCCCUCUGGUGGAUACAGAUGCUCUAAAAACUUUGAUCAGGUUGCUUCGUGUUGUUCAGCCUCUAUAUAAAGGUCAAUUACAAAGGCUUCUCUUGAAUCUUUGUGCUCAUCAUGAAACUAGAAUGUCUUUAGUGAAAAUUUUAAUGGACAUGCUUAUGCUUGAUCUGCGGGGCGCCACUGAUAAUUCAGUUGAUGCUGCUGAACCACUCUAUCGAUUGUAUGGUUGUCAGAGUUACAUUGCUUACUCCCGUCCUCAAUUCUCAAAUGGAGUGCCUCCUAUAGUGUCCCGUCGUAUCCUAGAAACUUUGACAUACUUGGCCCGACAUCAUCUGAAUGUGGCGAAGCUCUUGCUUCAUCUUGAGUUGGCACAGCCACCUCUGCAUAAAGCAGAUGCUUCUGAUCAAGGACAUGGUAAGGCUGUUAUUAUGGAAGAAGAUAAACCUGAAGAUAAAAAAGGGGAUUUUGCUAUUGCCCUGCUUUUGAGUCUCUUGAAUCAGCCAUUGUACAUGAGGAGCGUAGCUCAUCUUGAACAGUUGUUAAAUCUUCUUGAAGUUAUCAUGGUUAAUGCUGAAAAUGACUCUGGUGUAUCUAAUAAAUCCGGAGAGUCUCCUGAUCAACCAUCUUCUGAUAGCACCAUGCAAGAUGAACUGAUGAAUACUGAUGCUGUUGGAUUGUCUGCUGGUGGGAAUGGAAAAUCAUUCAAGGCAGAGGAUUCCAACAGAAACUCUGUGUCUGCUGUAAACAAUAAAUGCAGCAUACGAGUUGUUCUACUGAGCCUACCACAAGCAGAAUUGCGACUUCUUUGCUCAUUGCUUGCACAUGAAGGUUUGUCUGAUAACGCAUAUGUUCUUGUGGCUGAGGUGUUGAAAAAGAUAGUGAUUGUUGCUCCUAGCUAUUGCAGUUUAUUCAUUACGGAACUUGCAAUUUCAUUGCAAAAUUUGACUUUAUGUGCACUGAAUGAAUUACGCUUGUAUGUGGAUGCUGAAAAGGCUGUUCUUAGCACAUCUUCUACCAACGGGACUGCAAUCUUGAGAGUUUUGCAGGCAUUGAGCUCUCUUGUUGCUGCAUUACAUGAGAAGAAGGAUCCUGGGCUUCUCCCUGACAGAGAAUAUGCAAGUGCUUUGUCUCAGAUAUGGGAUAUAAAUGCAGCAUUGGAAUCCUUGUGGGUAGAGUUGAGCAACUGCAUAAGCAAAAUUGAAAGCUCUUCAGAAUCCCAGUCAGAUUUGGCUGCUGUUUCUGGGAAUUUGGCAUCCACAGCUGCAGGUGUAGCCCCUCCACUACCAGCAGGUACACAGAACAUCUUGCCAUAUAUAGAAUCAUUCUUUGUGACAUGUGAAAAGUUAUUCCCUGGACAAUCAGAAGCAGUUCAAGAAUUUGCUGCCACAGCUUCUCCUGAUAUUGAAGAUUCCACAACUUCGACUAGUGGAAAGAAAUCAUCAGGAACCUAUCAAAAUGUUGAUGAGAAACAUGUUGCUUUUGUUAAAUUCUCCGAGAAACACAGAAAGUUGUUAAAUGCAUUCGUUCGGCAGAACCCUGGAUUGCUCGAAAAGUCAUUCUCUCUUAUGCUAAAAGUUCCACGUUUCAUAGAUUUUGACAAUAAACGUGCUUAUUUCCGAUCAAAAAUUAAACAUCAACAUGACCAUCAUCACAAUCCAGUGAGGAUUUCAGUGAGAAGAGCCUACAUACUUGAAGACUCCUAUAACCAACUGCGAAUGAGAUCACCUCAAGAUCUGAAGGGGAGGCUGACUGUUCAUUUCCAAAGAGAAGAAGGUAUUGAUGCUGGCGGGCUUACCAGGGAAUGGUAUCAGUUAUUAUCUCGUGUAAUAUUUGACAAGGGUGCCCUGCUUUUCACAACGGUGGGCAAUGAGUCAACAUUUCAACCAAAUCCCAACUCUGUCUACCAAACAGAACAUCUCUCAUAUUUCAAGUUUGUAGGAAGAGUGGUUGGUAAAGCACUCUUUGAUGGUCAGCUUCUAGACGUUCAUUUUACUCGAUCUUUCUACAAGCACAUUCUUGGGGUGAAGGUUACUUAUCAUGACAUUGAGGCUGUUGAUCCUGAUUACUAUAAGAGCCUAAAGUGGAUACUUGAGAAUGAUAAAAGUGAUGUUUUGGACCUUACUUUCAGCAUAGAUGCUGAUGAGGAGAAGCUGAUAUUGUAUGAGAAGUCUGAGGUAACUGAUUGUGAGUUGAUUCCUGGUGGGCGUAAUAUCAGGGUUACUGAAGAAAAUAAGCAUGAAUAUGUAGAUCGGUUAGCAGAACAUCGGCUAACAACUGCCAUUAGGCCCCAAAUAAAUGCAUUUAUGGAAGGCUUCACUGAGUUGAUCCCUCGGGAUUUGAUAUCCAUUUUCAAUGACAAAGAGCUAGAAUUAUUGAUCAGUGGACUUCCGGAUAUUGAUUUGGAUGAUUUGAGAGCGAAUACCGAGUACUUUGGCUACAGCAAUGCAUCACCUGUCAUUCAGUGGUUCUGGGAAGUGCUUCAGGGAUUCAGCAAGGAGGAUAAAGCUCGAUUCCUGCAGUUUGUCACUGGCACCUCCAAGGUCCCAUUGGAAGGUUUCAGUGCCCUCCAAGGAAUCUCAGGCGCACAAAAGUUUCAGAUACACAAGGCAUAUGGAAGCCCCCACCAUCUGCCUUCAGCUCACACCUGCUUCAACCAAUUAGACCUGCCCGAGUACACCUCCAAGGAACAGCUACAGGAGAGGUUGCUUCUAGCUGUCCAUGAAGCUAAUGAAGGGUUUGGGUUUGGUUGACAGGGUCACAAGCAUGUGUGUCGUGAAAUUGUACAGAUACUGUAUUGAAAAGAGAUAAGCAUGCCACUGCUGACCUGGCCCAGCCCUUGGUAAUAGAGCUCUAUCAUUUUUCGGUCAUUCUCCAUUAGCAUCAGAUAAUCUGGUACAGUCUCCUGGAGUUUUUUCCCCAGAACUAGAAGCUGCAGAUGUGGGUUGAAGCAUAUGCUGAUUUACGUGAUGGAAGCUCCAAUCUGUUUCCAAAACUUCUGCGAGUUUUUAAAUUGCAGGUCAAGGGGAUAGGUUGCCUGGGCUGCUGGUGACCCAUAUCUGAGACAGGACAGCUUUGAGUCUAAUGUCCUUAAGUCGGUACUUUUAACAGUAGCUGUUACUGUGCACCAUAGGUUUGGUAUACUCCCUUUUUUUUCAGAUAGCUUAUAUAAGUUGUUAUCUUUGAAUUAUUAAUUUAUACAACGUUUUAAUCUUUGUGAAUUUUACAAUUCUAUUGUUAAGAAUUGACAAAUAUAUAUUCCUUUAUUAUAAUACACUUGGUGCAAUAUAUAUGGUAUAUUACAAGAAA